AUGGGAAAGCCCAGACCGCAAAAGAAGAAAUCGUCCAAGCCCCGCGAAAAGUCCGUCCUAGGCCCCGGUGGCUCAAUCUCGAAAGGCAACAUGGCCCAAGAUCCCUCAAAACUGCUCGAUCAAGCGACAAUUCUUCUGCAGACUGGCCGAGCCGAAGAAGCCCUCGUGAUCGCACAGCAGGCAUUGGACUUGUCUGCUGAAAACACCCCCGCACAGCUCCCCGCCAUCAACCUACUGGGAGAAAUCAGCGUGGAGCUCGGUGACAUCGAUACGGCCCGAACUUAUUUCCUACAAGCGGUUCAACUCGAUCAGAAUGGCUCCAUCCCCGAGUCCGAGGGUGGCGGCGCAGAGAAAUUCCUGUGGCUCGCACAGUUGAGCGAGGAGGGUGGAAAGGAUAGUGUUCUGUGGUUCGAAAUGGGUGUGGCAUCUCUCAGACAGGCCCUCCAGGGACUCGAAGGAAAGACCUCACCCGAGCAAGUGGCCGACAUUGCGCAGAAGAAGAUCAAACUGUCCAAUGCGCUCUGUGCUGUUGCUGAGAUUUAUAUGACUGAUCUUUCCUGGGAAGAUGAUGCGGAAGCCAGAUGCGACGCACUCAUUACGGAAGCACUCGCUGCGACACCCGACGCACCAGAGGUGCUGCAAACCCUCGCCUCCAUUCGGAUAUCACAACUGCGCACCGAGGAUGCACAAGCCGCGCUCAAGCGUAGCAUGGAGCUGUGGAAGGAUCUGACCCCGGGAGAUGUCCGAGUGCCUGAUUUCGCCAUCCGCAUCAGUCUUGCGCGACUGCUGAUGGAGGUGACCAUGGAGUUCGAGGCUCUUGAGGUUCUCGAGCGCCUGAUUCUUGAAGACGACCAAUCCGUGGAGGCAUGGUACCUCGGAGGCUGGUGUCUCUUCCUGCUAGCGGAGAAGAGACAGGCUCCCAAGGACGCGACCGCCGAGGAACUGGCGGACUCUCCCAGACACGCAUCGCUCGAGGCUAGUCGUGAGUGGCUCAAGCAGAGCUUGAAGCUCUACGGGCUGCUAGAAUACGAGGAUGAGCGUCUCCGCGAUCAUGCCCUGGAGCUUGUCCAGGAAAUGAACAAAGAAAUCGGCGAGGAUGAGGAGAGUGAGGCUGAAGCCGAGGGCGAGGGCGAAGGCGAUGACGAGGAGUGGGAGAUUGAAGCCGACUCCGACGACGAGAUGGCGGACUCUUAG